AUGCUCACUGACGGAACUUGCACAUCUACCUGCACCAUCUUCUCCGAACCGAUAAAGAACGUCGGCGGCGUUAAGAGUAUCCCUUUUGGCGGUCGUCCCCAGCAGGGACCCAUGAAGGCUAUCGGCGGCUCCAAGGGCUGUGCAGUUGCCAAAGCGCAAAACCUCGUUGCCCUCCGGGAGAGCGCCAACACGGUUGCCAGCAUGGCCGACGCCCAUGGUAAGCCCUCGCUCUCGCGCCAGGAGCACGCCCGUCUGAAUGCCACCAUGCCCGGUGCCUUCCCUCUCGAGUUUAAUACGUUGUCGUUCAACUUCAAGAAUGCCUACCGUGAAGGCGACGAUGAGAUGCCACCGCAGUUCCUCUACGAUCCUGCUGACUGCCGUCUUUUCUACGCGUGUGAGAACAUCGUCAAUCCUGUCUCGACUUGGAUCUCGGUUGCCAAUGCUUCUGGGGUAAUGGUACUUGUGUUUCUGGCUCUUACCCUACUGUUAACCGGUCUGAGUGGUCAGCUUAGAUUGAGGGGCUCAGAUGGGUUGAUUGUUUAA